AUGUUCUACUAUCCCAACGUGCUUCAGCGCCAUACAGGCUGCUUUGCCACUAUUUGGCUAGCGGCAACCCGAGGCAGCCGGUUGGUGAAGCGGGAAUAUCUGAAAGUGAACGUAGUAAAGACCUGCGAGGAAAUACUCAAUUAUGUGCUGGUACGAGUGCAACCUCCGAUGCCCGGGCUGCCCCGGCCCCGCUUCUCUCUCUAUCUCUCCGCCCAGCUUCAGAUUGGUGUGAUACGGGUCUACUCCCAACAGUGCCAGUACCUUGUGGAAGACAUCCAGCAUAUCCUCGAGCAUCUGCACCGGGCCCAGCUGCGGAUUCGCAUUGAUAUGGAGGAUGCUGACCUACCUAACCUGCUCCUUCCUAACUGCCUGGCUAUGAUGGAGAUGCUGGAAGAUGCUCCAGAACCUUUUUUUGGGACGAUGUCUGUGGAUCCCAGGCUUCCUAGCCCUUUUGAUAUUCCUCAGAUUCGACAUCUUUUAGAGGCUGUGACCCCAGAGAAAAUUGACAGGACCUUAGCCACUGCAAAGUCUCCUGAGACCAUCACUCUACAGGAGGCAGAGCCCAUACGCAUGUUGCAGAUUGAGGGGGAGCAGGAUCUCCCAGAGGUCAGUCGAGGAGAUUUGGAUCUGCUGAUUGCAGAGGAAGAUGAUGCCAUAUUGCUGGAGGAACGUCGGCGACGCAGGCUUCUCCAGCAGCGGAGGGUUUCCCCAGCACUGGAUGAAUCCAAGGAAGAACCCCGGGCCAUGGAGGGUGAGGGUGUGGUCCCCUCGAUCUCACCUCCAGCUCCAGCACAGAUUGAAGGCAUAAGAGAACCACUUCCAGGCCAGCUCUUCCCUCCUGAGGUACAGAAAUUGACAGGCUGGGAGCCUGAGGCCAUACUUACUGAGGUGACCCCUCCUCAGGAGCUGCGCCUACCUACCCCACCUAGUGCCGAGAAGAGGCCCCCACCUCCUCCGAGCCCACCUGGCCGCCAACGCCGCCAGUUACUCUUCUGGGACAAGGAAACUCAGAUCUCCCGGAAGAAAUUUGAGCAACAGCUGCAGACCAGAGCUCACUGCUGGGAUUAUCCCGUGAUCCAGCCUCCCCAAAGGAUGAUUACAAGCCCGGCGGAGCUCUUCAGAACCCCGACUCUCUCGGGCUGGAUGGCGCCAGAACUACUAGCUUUAUGGACCCACUGUGCCCAGACACCCUCAAGAAUGCUGGGACAAAGACCACGACGGGAGCCUGAAGAGGCAGCUGAGGAGAGGGAAGUGGCAGGCAAGGAGGGAAGACUGACUGAAGCUCUGAGCGAGAUUGAGGUCCUGAGGGAGGCCCAGGAGCCCAGUGGUCCCCUCAUGCUCUCUUCAGAACUCUCCCUGGAAGCAGCUGAAGAGGAAAAGUCACGGACUAGUCUCAUCCCCCCAGAGGAACGGUGGGCCUGGACUGAAGAGGGGCAGCCAGAGCCUCCUGCACUACCCAUGCUGCCCGAAAUCCCGGAAGUGCCCAUGGAGAUGCCCCCAGGACCUGAGCUACUCUCUUCAGAGGCUGUAUUUAGAGCGGUAGCAUUGGAGCUGCAAGCCAACAGGGAGCUUGACUUCAGCAGCCUGGUACCUCCUCUCAGCCCCCGGAAGUUGGCUUCUCGGGUCUUCUACCUGCUCCUGGUGCUGUCCGCAGAGAAGAUCCUUCUUGUGGAACAAGAGAAGCCAUAUGGACGCCUCCUGAUCCAUCGGGGUCCCAGAUUCCACUAA